GAGUUGAUAGAAUGGACAUUGCAAUGCACCGUCGUGCAAGAAAAUUUUAGAGCACGAGUUCUUACUACGCAAAACUGCUACAAAGCCCAAGAGUUUGUCUACAGAUGAAGAUUAUUUUGUAUCCCUCACCGAUAGUAUUAAUGUCAGCAGAACAUCGAGUUUUUCCUCGUCAGCGAAAGUUUCUGACGUCUGCGCAGAGGGUUCAGCAAAUGCAGUCGCAAUUUUUGAUCGCGAUUCGGGACAUAUAUCCGCCUUAUCGCCAUCUGCUAUGAGGUGGAUCCCAAUGAAGUGUCAAAAAUUUCCUGAUGACAUCAUCGACAACAAUUUUCAUUCCAUGCGGAUAAACAAUUCAAUUUACGUGUUGAUGGAGACAAAGGCAGUCUAUAGGCUUGACUAUCGAAAAACGGAAGCAGAAUGGGAAAGAGUAGCAGAUAUGAUUGAAAAUCAUGGAUGGUUUGCUCCUGCUGAAGCACUCGACGGAUGCAUCUAUGUUGUUGGAAGAGGAUAUGCACCGUAUCCCACAUCGCCAAGAAAAUUUGUUGAAAAAUACGAUCCGAAGAUUGAUAAAUGGACAAGAGUUCGAGAUAUGAACGGUGAAAGGGAAAAUCACUAUAUCGCCGUCUGUAACGGUUUUAUUUAUUGCUUUGCGGGCAGAGAUGAACACUGGAAUUCGACAGUAGAAGUCGAGAGAUACCACGCUGCUUCCGACGUUUGGCAAAAUGUCUCUCCAAUGACACGCCCCAUGGAGUUCCCCCCGAUGAGACCCGUUACGUUUAAUGACGUCAUAUACGUAAUGAAUCACAGUGACAUACAAUUGUAUGAUACCGUGAAUGACACUUGGACAAUCGUUACUCCUGGCGGACCAUUUCCAUACGAUCAAGCUGUCAGUUUCGCGGCAUUUGCAGUAGACAACAACAUAAUCGGAGUCGGCUACAAAAAAAGGUACGAUUCAAUUAGCUAAAUAGUCAAGAACAUGUUUGAAUUGGUCAGCUUUUAUUUCAAACUCAUGUUUG